AUGGUUCGACUGACUUUGGAUCUAAUUGCUAAAAACAGCAAUUUUAAGCUCAGGAAAGAAGAAACAACUUUACAGCGUCUGAAGAAAAUAACUCAUAUAAAUUUUUCAGAUAAAAAUAUAGAUGCAAUUGAAGACCUCUCUCUUUGCAAAAAUCUUAGUGUUUUAUAUUUAUAUGAUAACCAUAUUAGUCAAAUUGCUAACUUGAAUUUUGCCACAAAUUUGACUCAUUUGUACCUACAAAACAAUUGUAUUUCAUGUAUAGAGAACCUCAGUUCAUUAAAGAAACUGGAAAAAUUAUAUCUGGGUGGCAACUACAUUGCCGUCGUGGAAGGUUUAGAUGGAUUAGAAGAACUGAGAGAGCUUCACGUUGAAAGUCAGAGGCUCCCCCUAGGAGAAAAACUUCUAUUUGAUCCACGAACUCUUCAUUCUCUGAGAAAAUCCCUCUGUGUGCUGAAUAUCAGCAAUAAUAAUAUUGAUUACAUAAAAGACUUAGAAAUACUGGAGAAUCUUCAUCAUCUCAUAGCAGUUGACAAUCAACUUCAGCAGGUGAAGGAUCUGGAGUUUUUACUGAGCAAGUUGAUGAAGCUAUGGAAAAUGGAUCUAAACGGAAAUCCUGUUUGUCUCAAAAUAAAAUACAGAGACAAAGUGAUUUUAGCAUCCGAGUCACUGGAAUUUCUUGAUGGAAAAGAAAUUAAAAAAAUGGAAAGACAAUUUCUAAUGAACUGGAAAGCAUCCAAAGAGGCCAAGAAAAAAAAGAAAAAGAGUCCAAAGAGUGAGAACACAAGCAGCGUAAGCACAAGCAAGCAGGCCGGCCAGCCGUAG